AUGGGGCACGAGAACGGAAUUAUGUUGACUGAAAGGUCUAAGCCAGAGGAUGCAUCUUCUAAAGUGGAGGGUACGGCGCAAGACAAGGAAGAUAUGUGGCGUGUCGGUAGAGAUCAGGAACUGAACAGAAACUUCCGGUUUCUAUCAGUUCUUGGUUUUACAGCAGUGCUUAUGUGCACCUGGGAAGCUGUCCUCUUUGGUUCAUCAUAUGGUCUGACUAAUGGCGGCAAAGGAGGCAUGAUCUACACCUACCUAGGUGCCUUGGUAGGGUUCAGCUUCGUCAUUCUAUCUAUGGCUGAGAUGGCCUCUAUGGCCCCCACAUCCGGUGGUCAGUAUCAUUGGGUGUCCGAGUUUGCACCCCCGGGAUCUCAGGCUAUACUGAGCUACAUUACUGGGUGGAUCUGCGUUUUAGGAUGGCAUACUGGCAUUGCAGGAUGUUGCUACACGGUUGCCAAUAUGAUGGUGGGCGUAAUUGCUAUCAACUAUCCUGAGACGUAUACCUAUGAGCCGUGGCAUGUUACACUGCUCGUCAUUGCAGUGGCUCUGGUAGCCUUGCUAUUCAACACCUUCUUAGCCCAGAAACUUCCUCUGAUAGAGGGAAUCAUUCUAAUUGUGCAUUGUUUUGGUUUUUUCGGUAUUUUGAUCCCACUUUGGGUGCUGUCACCUAAAGUUCCGGCCUCCGACGUGUUCGGAUCCAUUGAAGAUCGCGGCGGAUGGGGCAACAAUGGUCUCGCUUGUCUGGUGGGACUCACUGGACCCAUUUAUGCAUUGAUUGGCCCUGACUCGGCGGUUCACAUGGCCGAGGAAAUUCGGGAUGCGUCCCGAGUACUCCCUAUGGGCAUGGUCUGGACCUUGAUUCUGAACGGCUCGACUGGCUUCGUGAUGAUAGUCACGCUCGCAUUCUGCGUGGGCAAUAUUGACGAAGUGCUCUCCUCUGAGACAGGCUUUCCGUUCAUUCAGGUCUUUCUCAAUGCUACUGGAUCUGUCAGUGCUACGACGGGAAUGACAGUCGUGAUCAUGAUCAUGCAAUUCUGCGCGGCAAUUAGUAACGUCGCAACGACCUCCCGUCAAAUUUACUCCUUUGCCAGAGACAAGGGUCUUCCAUUUUCCGGUUUCUUUGCGCAGGUCAACCCAACAUUCACAGUACCCCUCAACGCCCUCUGCGUCAGCCUCGUUAUCGUCUCUCUCCUUUCGCUGAUCAACAUCGGAUCUUCCGUGGCUUUCAACGCCAUCAUGUCACUUGGAACAGCCGCACUGCUCUCUUCAUACAUUAUCUCCAUCACUUGUGUUCGGAUUCGACGCUGGCGUAAUCAGCCUCUGCCCCCGGCCCGGUGGAGCAUGGGAAAAUUCACGCCCAUUUGCGACACAAUUUCUAUUCUGGUCUUGCUGGUGAUAUGGAUCUUUAGUUUCUUCCCUUUGACUAAGGAAGUGGAUCCCACUACCAUGAACUGGGGUGUUGCUAUCUUUGGAGGAGUCAUUAUUAUUUCAAUGGGUUACUAUGUUCUUCACGCCCGAAAGGUCUACAAGGGGCCAGUGACACGGGUUAAAAUGACCCACCAACAAUAG